AUGGGCAACUCAACCCUCCCUGGGACACUGGUCAUGCUGAGGUCACAGCGCUGGGGAGGGGCAGAACGCAAAGGGGAGCUGGAACACCACAGGGAAGACAAGCUGCCCCAGCACCUGCUGUUCAAUCCUUCACCUCGUCAGGUCAAUGGCCAAAGUGCCGGCAUGGCGAUGCUCCGCACCCUGAGCAUCCUCCUGAGCCUCCUGCUCCCAGCUCACAGCGCCAGGUCACCCGACUGUGGGGGCAUCCUCACUCCCUCUGGACUGAGAUACCUUGCUGAAGUGUCAAAGCCACAUGCAGAGUCAGUGCUCAGGAAGGACCUCAUGGCCCAGCCAGCGCCAGACCCAUCUCCCACCUCCCCAAGCAGGAACCAAAUUACCUCUGUCAAAGUUGACAAUUUUUCCCUGACCCUGAUCCCUGACACCGGGAUGCGGCUGAGCAUCGAGGUGGAUCUUGGCGUCACAUCUGCCCCCUCAGCCACCAAGGAGAUGAGGCUGUCCAUCCUGGCAGACCUCCACGUGGAGAUGAACCCCGAUGGGAACCUGGAGCUGGUGACCUCUGACUGCAAACCCACCCUGGAGGAGGUGCAGAGCAGCGAGGAGACAGACAGCAAGUCCUCAGGAUCCGAUAUCAACAAGCAGAUCAACGUUGAAAAAAUUUGCCUGGAAGUCUCCAAACUGCUGCUUUUCCCAAAUGAACGGCUGAUGUCUCUGGCAGCUCCAUUCCCCAUCACACCAAGCUGCCAAGUCCAGUACCUGCCCCUGGCUGCCCCCAUGUACUCUGAGCAGGGAAUCAUCAUCUCAUUGCAAACAACUUUCCAAGUGUCAGGAACAGUGAUCCCCCUGCCAAUCAGCCCUGUGCCUUUCAGCAUGCCUGAGCCAGCGAGAUCCAGCUCUUCCCACGUCAUCCUGGCCUUCUCUGAGCACUUCUACACCAGCUUAUUCUCUGCCUUGGAAGAGUCUGGAGCUCUCAACGUGAGUCUCCUGAGCUCGCUGACCACUGCCACCCUGUCUGAGAGGAUCACUCAGAUGGGCUCCCUCUUCCAAGAGGACCUGCCAGUGGUGCUCCAAGCUGUGACCCGCAGUUCACCUCAUGUGGUGCUGGAGGAAGACAAAGCAAUCGUGCAGCUUUUCCUGACUGCCCAGAUCGGAGCAGGAUCCCUUUUCCAGAGCUUCCUGAGUGUGAACGUGGAUGUGACUGCCAGGCUCCACCUCAGCGUUGUGGACACGAGGAUGAUCAUCUCUGUGGCAGCCAUCGAGGACAUCGAGCUCAGCCUGGCUGCCUCUGAUGUGGGUCCUAUACUGGCUGCCUUGCUGGAGGAGUUGUUCCUGCCCACAAUCCGUGAGGAGGUGACAGCCCAGAUAAACGUGGUCCUGAGACAAGGUGUUUUCCUGCCCCACAUUGCCAGUUUCACUUACACUGAUGUCAACAUCACAAUUCACAAGGAUUAUGUCUUGAUCCCCUGUAACCUCCAGCUAGAGGCAAAGACACGGACCUGGAAGUGA